GCUCGGCCGACGACGACGGACGCGGGCUUCAGCGCAUAACAACGCCGGGGACACACAAUUUCCGAUUUAGCUUAAUAUUAGCUGCAUGCUGAUCCCGACGUGUGUCACGCGCACGUAUGACGGCGGCGAGCCUGCGUGCGUGCGCGCGCGCGCCCGCCUAUGUGGAUUGAAGCUCACGUCCUUGCGAAAAUCUAUUAUUUAUGUCAGCGUUUGUAAACGUUACCCGUUUACCCGUUACCCGACGCAGCUCAAUACAGAAAUAUCCCCCGCAAAACCACUGGCAUGCACUCCAAGGGAUGCAGUUCGUAUGCCAAUGCUGCGUGUGGCGCUGUUUUGCGUAGGCGCCAAUGUAAAACGGCGAAGAAGACAUGGCGCAUGCGCUGUGGCCAAACCUCGACGCAAAACUUGAAACCGUGAAAAAAAAAAAAAACGGACGGGCGCUUAAUGAGAAAAGACUAUUAGCUGCCAAUAACCUAGAUGUAUGGUUGGUGUUACGAAAUAAGUUAUAUCGUCAACGGGGCGUGAAAAGCACUCAAAAAGUUCGGAUGCCAAUCUGUGACGCUGCCAAAUCAAUGGCCGAACAUUGAACGUGAAAGAAAAACGUUUUCCCGCGGGUAGGGCUUAGUAAAAGUAUGCACGAUGAAAUUCUAAAAGACAGCAACUAUUAGCUAUCAUUAAUGUGUGUUUCGGUGUUACAAAAUGGGGAAGACAUCGGGCCGCGUGCUCACCAUAGAUAAGACGACUAGAUAAGCCAGCGCUCUGAGGCAUACGACUAACCGACGUGCCUACGUUACGGCCAUGUUGGGAAGGUCGACGUAACCAUCGUCGUCGGAGACACGCACAUAAAAAGGGGCGUGUCGUUUCUAUUUCUCCAUAUCUGUGUCCCGGUCAUUCAAAACACGUGAAAGGACGGAAAGGGAGAAGGAAGUGGGCAAUUGUCGAAGUAACUGUGGCAGAAAUGAAGGCGUUCUGCGGACGAGCCAGCCUGCCCGUUGCGGGUUUUGACUGCGCGGAGGAGAGCGAAGAGUACGACCACCACCAGGAGAUCGCCAGGUCACGCUACGCCGACAUGCUGCACGACCGCGACAGGAACGACAAGUACUACCGGGGCAUCAGGGCCGCUGUGGCCCGUGUGCGCGCUCGGGGUGAGAAAGUCAUCGUCCUGGACAUCGGAACAGGAACCGGCCUACUGUCCAUGAUGGCUGUUACGGCUGGAGCCGACUUGUGCUACGCCGUGGAGGUUUUCGAGCCCAUGGCGGCCGCCGCCAAGUGCAUUGUGGAGAAAAACGGCUUCGCGGACAAGAUCAAGGUCAUCAACAAACACUCCACGGACGUCACCGUGGGCCCGGGCGAAGACAUGGAAACGAAGGCCAACGUCCUCAUCACAGAACUGUUCGACACGGAGCUGAUCGGCGAAGGGGCUCUGCCCAGCUACGAACACGCGCACCGGAAGCUGGUCCGGGAGGGCUGCGAGGCCGUCCCUCACCGGGCCACCGUCUACGCCCAGCUGGUGGAGUCGCAGCUGUUCUGGAGCUGGGCCCGGCUGCGGCCGGUAGAGGUGCAGGGCAGCCGGGUGCUGCCUCCGCCGGCUGUGGGCGACUGCAGCGGCGCUCAUUCGGUGUGCGACAUUCAGCUCAGUCAGAUUUCGCCCCGGAGCUUCACCGCUUUGAGCCCCGUCUGCGCCAUGUUCACCGUGGACUUCAGUAAGCCCGUCAGCGGCGGCCCCCGGUCCCACUCCUCGCGCUUUGCGGCUCGGACCGGCGGUCGGGCUCAAGCGGUGCUCUCCUGGUGGGACCUGGACAUGGAUCCCGGCGGCGGCAUCGUGUGCACCGUGGCGCCCGGCUGGACGUACCCGCGGCCGAAGACGGCUCCGUGGCGAGACCACUGGAUGCAGAGCGUGUACUUCCUGCCUGAGGAGCGCGAGGUGGCCGAAGGUCAAGAUCUGAGUCUGGUCGUGUGCCACGACGACUACAGUCUGUGGUACGGCCUCGGGUCUCGCGGCCGCGACGCCGUUCUCUCCAGGCCGUCUUGUACGUGCCGGGCCCACCUGGCGUGGACGCGAGCGCGAUUCGGUGAACUGAACGACGAAGUUCGCACAGAGCGCUACGUCAGCGCGCUGCGCGGCGUCGUGAAGGAGGACGGCGUCUGUGUCGGAGUGAGCGACGGAAGUCUUCUUCCUGUGUUUGCUCAUCUGCUGGGGGCCAAAAAGGUGUUGAGUUUGGAAAAGUUCAGCAUGAGCAAACGGGUGAUGGAGCAGCUGCUGGAGGCCAACUCGCUGGGAGGACGAGUGGAGCUGCUGGACAUCGCGCCCGAGCAGCUGACCCGCGAACAUUUGGGAGGAGAGCAGAUCUCGCUGCUGAUAGGCGAGCCCUACUUCUGCACGAGCCUUCUGCCUUGGCACUCACUGUUCUUUUGGUACUGUCGCAGCGCCCUGGCGGGCCUUCUCCGACCCGAUGCCGCCAUCUUGCCCCGCUCCGCCACUCUUCACAUGGUGGCCGUAGAGUUCCGGGAUUUGUGGAGGAUACGCGCUCCGUGUGUUACAUGCGAGGGAUUCGAUGUCACGCCGAUGGACGAAAUGAUCCAGAAAUCGCUGGAUUUGCGCGAGGCCCGUGAGGCCGAGCCCCACCCGCUCUGGGAGUAUCCCUGUCGCGCUCUGACUCCGUCCGCAGCCGUCAUGACCUUCGACUUCACACGCCGCGUCCCUCGGCGGCCUAUCGUCAGCCGCGGUUCUCUACCGUUGGUGAGGAGCGGCCGCUGCCACGGCGUAGCCGCGUGGAUGGAGUACAGCCUGAGCCCGGACAUCUCGGUCAGCGAGGGUUUGAGGCGACCGGUCGGCGAGCGGGGCGACUGCGAGUGGAGUCGGCACAGGAAACAGGGCGUGUACUUCUUCCGAUCCGCGUGGGAGAGCUCGGGCGACGGCGGAGCCGCCGUGGUUUACGACGUCAAAUUUGAACCCGCUUCAGGAGACGUCACGAUGGACUUCAAUAUCGAGUCUCGUUGAGAUGGAGCAAAAGAAGCGCGAGGAACUUUGGCAUUUGGCAAAAACGGCUCAAGGCGCUUCCUUCCCACUCUUGUGGAAUCGGCGAAAGGGAGACGUGUCUUUCGUUUCACGGUCACCAAAGAUGACAAUGGUCGACGUUUAGGCUUCAUUCGCCUUUACAUAUGUUUGUAGAAAGAAACGAUUUACACGACAACUUUCGUUUGAAAACAUCGUCCAUAAAUAAAAUGAAAUUUCAACAAG